ACACUAUUGUUACGGGCGCAAACAAUCCAUUAAAGGAUGGCACAAUACAUCACGUCACUGAUAUGAUCCUCUUUCCCAAAGAGACGCUUAAAACUAACGCAAGCACUAUAGACAACUUUGAUAGGACUAAAAGAGCAGGAGUACACCUUGGCAAUGUUACCUUGGCCCUGCUGAGGAUAACACCGCCAGCGCGCAUCCAGACAUUAACAAUAUCACAUGUUCCAUCGAAAGGAGAAGAAGAUGUACAACUGUACGGAUGGAUUUUAGUAAAAGAAGCAAGUGGUAAAGAAGUGAUGAAGGCGACAUCACUUUCAGCCAAAACAAUGCGCUCUGAAGACUGCGGAGCUAAUCUAAGCGACGUAUAUCACGAAUCAAUGCUAUGUCUCAAUCCUAAAAGGAAAACGCAAAAGGACAUCGAAAAUAAAAUUAAACAGAUGCACUCAGGCGGGCCGGUGCUGGCGGUGCGCAACAACAAGCCGAUGUUGUUGGCCGUCGCACAGUUUGAGUUACCGUCACCGCAAGCGCCGCUCUUCGCGCACCCUCUCUCCGCACACGCUACCUGGAUAAACGCAGUCAUAGCAUAUAAAUAGUUAACUAUUGAAAAAAUAUUUUAUAUCAAAUAAAAUGUCGAGUUCAAUUCUGAAUGUUUGUUCUAUUCAACGAUAGA